UCGCCCGCCCGUCCACCUCGCCUGCCCGUCCGCCUGCCCGUCCACCUGCCUGCCCGUCCACACUUGCGCCCGCACCCACGAUCCGCCCGUCGGCUGCGUUUGCGCGCAGGGCAUUCGCCCUGCGUGCUCGCUGUUGUCGUGUGUGUCGCGUCCUCAGGCGUGCGGUCCAUUCGUCAAUUGUGUUUGUGGCCCGGCAUUUGUCCUCACGCUCGCUGUUGCCGCGCAUAUCGACGCCCGCUUGUGCACCCCACUCAGUGUCUCCGCCCGCUUACUUGUGUUCCCGCUCUUCCGCCUGUUUGCCUGCCUACCCACGCGUUCGUCGGCCGUGUCUGUGCGCUGGGUGUUUGCCCAGCGCACUCGCGGUUCGCGUGCAUGUGGUGUUGGCCCUGCGCCCUGUGCCCGCUCGUUUGCCCUCGCACCCGGUUGCCUGCUCACGGGCAUCUGUGGGGGAACGGGCGGGGCGGGUGGCAGUCAGUGAGGGAGGACAGAAACGGAGACGAGGGAAGGUCAUACUGCCCUUGCUAGACUACGCGUUCUGCGCGUCGAAAUGGCGGAUCAGACGAGAGAGAAGGCGCACGAGCGAGGGAGAGGGAGAGGGGCGAGGGGCAGUAAGCGAUGGGCACGGUGAAGUGUGUCGGAAGGCGCAGGGCAAAUGACUGCUCGUCCGCUCGCAGCCCUGCUUGCCAGCUUUCCCGCCCACUGCCCGCCCAUUUACCCGCC